AUGUUGAUGUCAAUGGGAAUCUUAAACAUGGAAAAGAAAUGGUUAUUUCCACUCUUUGUUACUUCUGCUUUUUGUAUGCUUUUUCUAGCAACAUCCUUUAACAUGGGACUCGUCUCAUCGAUUCAUUCGAUCAAUUCGCUUUUUUUUCUUCCAUCACAUACAAAUAGAAACCAAAAUUCUUCCCUUGUUUUUGUUGAAAAAAAGAUUUCCCCUGCUCCGGCUCCCGUUAAGCCUUCGAUCCCUCGUUUUGCUUAUUUGAUAUCCGGCUCCAAGGGCGAUUUGGAUAAGCUUUGGAGAACUCUUCACGCGCUUUAUCAUCCGUUAAACCAUUAUGUCCUUCAUUUAGACCUCGAAUCGCCAUUGGAGGAAAGGUUGGAACUUGCUUCUAGGGUUGAGAAACAACAUAUUUUCUCUGAGGUUGGGAAUGUGUUUGUGAUCGCGAAGGCUAAUAUGGUUACGUACCGUGGACCGACGAUGGUUGCUAAUACUCUUCAUGCCUGUGCUAUUUUGCUUAAGAGAAGUAAAGAUUGGGAUUGGUUUAUUAAUCUUAGUGCUUCCGAUUAUCCUCUCGUCACUCAAGAUGAUCUGAUAUAUGCUUUCUCGAAUUUAGAUCGAAACCUUAACUUCAUCGACCAUACAAGUCGGUUAGGAUGGAAAUUGGACAAACGAGCGAUGCCGCUAAUAAUUGAUCCCGGGCUUUACCAUUCAACGAAGACCGACGUAUUUUGGGUCAAUCCGAAGAGAAAUUUGCCAACGGCAUUUAAAUUGUUUACUGGUUCAGCGUGGAUGGUUCUAUCGCACGAUUUCGUGGAAUACGUUGUGUGGGGUUGGGAUAAUCUACCAAGAACCCUUCUAAUGUACUACACAAACUUUCUCUCUUCGCCCGAAGGCUACUUUCAAACCGUCGCGUGCAAUGUACCAGAGUUAUCUAAAACGCUCGUUAACACCGACUUGCAUUAUAUUUCCUGGGACGUACCUCCUCAACAGCACCCUCACAUCCUUAACAUAAACGACACGGACAACAUGAUCGCGAGCGGAGCCGCCUUCGCUAGAAAAUUCAAGCAAGACGAUCCGGCCAUAGAGUUGAUCGACAAAAAAUAUUUACGUAAGAGAAAUGGAUUAUUCACGCUUGGUGGUUGGUGUUCUGGCAAACCGAAAUGUACUGAGGUCGGGAACGUUUAUAAACUCAAACCCGGACCGGGGGCUCAAAGGCUUCAACAACUUCUAGCUGGAUUAACAUUGAAGGCUAAAUCUGGUGAGAAUCAAUGUAUAUAG